CGGAAGUGAAAAAGCCAUCGGAAAUAGGCUGAUGCGGAGUGGCGAUACUGAGACAAAAGGUUCUCUCUCCGGAGCCAAAUAUUCGCAUCUUAUAGUCGCGUGAUUGGUUUUCUCCAGUGCAGACACGCGAGGUUUUCGGUUUCAUGUUCUCAAGGAGUGAGCGCGGGGUUGGAGGCCUGGCGAUGUAUCCAAGGUUCCGGCCUGUCAGAGCUCUGCGUGUCCGUCACAGUCGAUGACCAUGGAUGUCCAGACGGUCCUGGAGUUCGCUGCACUCACCAGGGCUCUGUCGCUCGUCCUGCAGGCGGUGUUGAAUGCAGCCAUUCCUGACCAUGAGGCUGACGCCUUCAGGCCCCCCCGGGCAGAGGAGCCCCUGUAUCUGGACCCAGCGGUGGAGUGGUUGUUGGGCGGUCUGUCGCACUGGGACGCCGAGCACUUCCUGUUCAUCGCAGAGCGAGGAUACCUGUACGAGCACAACUUUGCAUUUUUCCCGCUCUUCCCCAUCGUCCUGCGCGGCCUGGCGGAGACGCUGCUGUGGCCUCUGAGCGGCUGCUUGAGUGUUCGCGGGCGGCUGUUGGUGGCCGUCGCUCUGGGGAACGGCGUCCUCUUCCUGCUGAGCGUGGUGGCCCUCCACGCGCUCAGCAGAGUGGUUCUUCAGGACCGGCGACUUGCGCUGCUCUCCAGCCUUCUCUACUGUGUCACACCUGCAAAUGUCUUCAUGACUGCUGGAUACUCUGAGAGUUUGUUUGCUGCCCUCACGUUCGGGGGCCUCUAUCUCUUGGAGAAAGGCUUUACAUUCCGAGCCUGUCUGGCCCUCAGUAUUGCCACUGCAGCUAGAUCCAAUGGGCUUGUGAACAUCGGAUUUCUUCUCUAUCUCCCUUCCCUUCAUGCCAUUUCCCAAAUCCGUGUCUACCGGGUAUCAGUGAAAGGUCACAGCAAAGUGCUCUGCUACCUCUGGGUCAUCACUUCCCUCCUCUUCACCUCCCUCUUAGGGACUGCCAUCAUUGCGCUCCCCUUUUGUGCUUUCCAGUACUACGGCUAUCGAACGUUCUGCACGCCGUCUGUGUCUUUGGAGAGCAUCCCUCCUCCUCUGCUGUCACUGGCAGAACUGAAGAGCUACAGGGUCCCAGAUGAGAACAGUCCUCCGCCUCUGUGGUGCAUGAGACCACUCCCACUCCUCUACUCUCACAUCCAGGACGUUUACUGGGACGUGGGCUUCCUCCGCUAUUUUGAACUGAGGCAGAUACCCAACUUCCUGCUGGCGUUGCCCAUGGCUACGCUCGGCGUGAUGGCAGCUUAUGCUUAUUUCCACGCAAAUCCAGAACUAUGUCUCAGACUGGGACUUUGGGAAACGGACUCAAGUAAAAGACUAGACAAGCCCUCUCCAGGAUUCUUCAGUCCCAGGGUUUUUGUUUACGUCGUGCAUUCUACUGUCCUCCUGGUGUUUGGAACGUUGUGCAUGCAUGUGCAGGUCCUCACCAGAUUCAUGGCGUCCUCAUCUCCCGUUCCUUUCUGGAUCAGUGCUCACCUGCUCCUGCUCAAUGAGCCACUGCUUCAUCGCCGGAAAACCUCGGUGCCCAGCGUGCAGCUGCAGAAGGAUUCCAGAAAUGGAUGCAAGCACGGCGCUCCAAACCCCAUCACUGCACUGCUGCCACACUUCACCAGCAGUUCUCCCACCACGCAGAGCAUUCUGGGAUACUUCCUCUCCUACUGGGUGAUGGGUCUGGCUCUGCAUUGUAACUUCCUGCCAUGGACAUGAGCCAUGACGGCCUCUUCUCCAGUGGCUCGGCUGUUUAUUUUUUUUUAAAUGCUGUCAGUCAAUUCUAAACAUUUUUGUUGCACUAUUAUGACAUAGAAUGUGCCGUCAGAUACCGAGCUUUACGUGCACUCUUUCUGUUGAAGAGUUAUCCAGGCAAUAUUUCAUUUAUGCAGCAUUUUGUUUAUUUUAAAAUCUGUUGACUAAAUAAUGUAAAUUAAACACCAAACAUUGAGCUCUACAUUUCUAUGAUUAUGUAUUAUUGCACUGCAUGUUCUGGGGAAUAAAAAUGAAUGGGUCUGUCAA